AUGUCGCAGUGGCCACCACUGAAAGCCCGGCUUCUCAGUCUCCUUGAUCCGGGGUUUCUGCUUUGUCAAAGCUGCUACUCUUUUCUCACCACUGCUUUCGAGUACUUCCUCCUUCAACGCCACCUCCCAACGCCGUCGAGUUUCCACGUAGUCCGAGACGAGGCGUUUUCCCGAUUCUGGACCAAAGUCACCACUCCUAGCGAUCCGCCCGCACCGCCCGUGGGAUCGGCCACGCUCGUCCCGCCCAUCUUGUCACGAGCUCACGGCGUGGUUCUCGACAUUGGACCUGGGUCCGGGUCGCAUGUCUCGUUGUUCGCAGAAAACGCCAAUGUGACGGCCAUCUACGGCGCCGAGCCAUGUGUCGGCUUGCACGCACCACUACAAGCGCGGAUCAACGAGGCCAAACUCACGGAUAAGUACCAUAUUCUCAAUUGUUCGGCCGACAAGAAAGCCAUCGUGGAUGCGCUGGCGAAAGAAGGCGUUUCAGUUACGGAUGAGGGCGUCUUCGACACCAUCGCCUGUGUGCGUGUCCUAUGCUCCGUGCCUAACCUGGACCAGACUGCCAAGGAGCUGUACUCUCUGCUCCGGCCGGGCGGGGAUUUGAUUGUCGUCGAACACAUCAAGAACCCCUGGACCAAAACUGGAAGUCUUCUGGGGAGGUUCAUGCAGAUCUUCUACCAUGCCAUCGGCUGGCCGUUCUUUCUGGCCGGCUGCAUGAUGGAUCGGGAUACGGCUGCCAUCUUGAAAAGGGCCGGGGAUUGGGAAGCGGUAGAUCUAAAGACGCAUUUCGAGUGGUCCGCUUUGCCGUAUCUUUCCGGCACCUUGACCAAGAGGAAAUAA